UUUACAUGUGCCUGUCUGCCUUUUGUUUCUCCCAGAAGAUCAUCCAGACUCAGCAUACCAUCUGAUAUCACACGCUCACAAACAUGGCCACCGAAAGACUAAGCUCAGUGCUCCGCCACAUCACUCCUGGCAAGAGUCCCCUCGACACCAUCACACAGAAGAACCCCGACGACAUUGUCAUUACUCUGGCCAUCCGCACACCCCUCACCAAGGCUGGCAAGGGUGGCUUCAAGGACACUCAUCUCGAUGGUCUCGUCUUCAAGCUGCUCGAGCAGGUCGUGCAAAAAUCAAGAAUCGACCCUCAGAUGGUAGAGGACAUCUGCCUGGGCAAUGUAUCCGAUGCCAAAGCCGCCUACUACGUCCGCGCCGCCUGUCUCGCUGCCGGCUUCCCCAACACCACCGCCGCAUACUCGACCAACCGCUUCUGCAGCUCCGGUCUCAAGGCCACACAAGACAUUGCCAACCAGAUCAUGGCCGGUGCCAUCGAAAUUGGUGUCGCCAUCGGUGCCGAGUCCAUGACCGACGGUGGUGAUCGCCUUACCCGCCCCUUCGUCGACGAGAUUGUCAACGCCAACCAAGACGCCGCAGACUGCCUGCAACCCAUGGGUCAGACCUCCGAGAACGUUGGCAAGGACUUCAACAUCUCGCGUCAAGAGCAGGACAAGUACGCUGCUGAAUCAUACCGCCGUGCCGAGGUCGCCCAAAAGGCCGGCUGGUUCGACGACGAAAUCACUCCCAUCACCGUCAAGGUCAAGGACCCCAAGACUGGCGAGGUCAAGGACGUCAAGUUGACCAGAGAUGAGGGUCCCCGCUACGGCACCACCGCCGAAGCCCUCGGCAAGAUUCGCCCUGCUUUCCCCGACUACGGCGACCGCAGCACCGGCGGAAACAGCUCUCAAGUCACUGACGGUGCCGCCGCCGUCCUCCUCAUGAAGCGUUCAAAGGCCCUCGAACUUGGUCAACCCAUCGUAGCCAAGUUUGUCGGUGCCACCGUCGCCGGUCUCGCCCCUAGAAUCAUGGGUAUUGGUCCUUCAAUCGCCAUACCCAAGCUUCUCUCCAAGUACCAACUCUCCCUCGACGACAUUGACGUUAUCGAACUCAACGAGGCUUUCGCAUCCAUGGCCGUAUACUGCCGUGACACACUCAAGAUUGACUGGAGCAAGAUGAACAUCCGUGGUGGUGCCAUCGCCCUUGGACAUCCUCUCGGUGCCACAGGUGCGAGACAAAUCGUUACCGGUCUCAGUGAGUGCAGGAGGCAGAAGAAGAAGAUUUUGCUCACGAGUAUGUGUAUUGGUACCGGUAUGGGUAUGGCUGGCUUGUUCGUCAACGAGCAGCUGUAAAUAUUUGUUCUCUUUUCUUAGGAUUUUCAUGAAAGCGUAUAUGAUUUUACUUCUUCCAAUCUUGUGAUCAUCUGCCUUCAAUCAUCUAAAUGGAUGUGAUGAAUCGAUGUCACUACGAGAGCCACCUCUAGCACGCGGCAGACAUGAAAUACGGGUCCAUAAACGUUGACUCAAAUUCCAUGAUCACUCCAAAACCCCGUCCCCCAACGGAGUAGAAGUCAGAAAAUGUCCC